AUGGCCUUGAGCCGUCUCUACUGGCAUCCACUGCGCUGUAUUCCCGGGCCCCGGCUGGCAGGCCUGACCGGGUGGUGGGAGUUCUAUUUCGAUGUCAUCGAAAGCGGCACUUUGGUGCACAGAUUGCCUCGUCUCCAUCAGAAGUACAGUCGGUGGGUCUACCGCGCUGGGACGGAGUACCGCAAGGCGCCCGGCUUCUACAAAGCACUCGGGUAUCCCAACUCUCUGAUCUCAAUCUUGGACCCCAAAAAGCAUCGAGUCUUUCGAAAUACCAUUGCCCCCCUAUUUUCACCGGCGGCUAUUGACUUGUGCGCCCCUCGCAUCCAUCAGACGGUUCUGCGGGCUGCUGGUAGGCUCGCUGGCGGUCUUGAGACCGGUUCCCCGAUUGAGAUCCAGCGUCUCUUUCGGUGCCUUGCGAUGGACGUGAUCUACGCGACCUUGCUUGGACAGCAGGAUAGAUUUGUUGUCGAAUACGAGCGUCCGCAUGAGCUUAUCACGAGUAUCGAUCAGUUCACAGAUCGGAUGUGGCUGGUCAAACACUUUCCAAUAGUCAAUCGGAUCGCCCUCAAUCUCCCUGGUUAUGCACGAUUUCGUCAGCAAUGUGCGACUUGGGUCGAGGAAGUCAGGCAACGACGCCGCCAGGGCCAACUCACCACGCCGGGGGGGAUCACCACGAUUUUCGAUGCCAUGUUGCAGCCCAAUGAAGAGAAGCACUAUGAUUCCAGAACCUCGGAUGAGCUAAUUGACGAGGCCGCCCUGUUCAUCAUCGCUGGCAGUGACACCUCCGCCUAUACGCUCACCAGUGCUACCUACUAUCUCCUCACCAACCCUGGCACUCUGACCUGCCUGCGUGAGGAGCUCGACGCCCACCUCGCCUUUGAUCGUACCGCAUGUGACUGGGAAGAAGUCCGGAAAUUGCCCUAUCUGAUGGCGGUGAUCAAGGAGACUCUCCGGCUCAGUACGCCAAUCCCAGGCAUCACUCCUCGAGUUGUUCCAUCCGCCGGGGUUCAAGUCCAAGAUUAUUUCCUGCCGGGAGGAACCAUUGUCUCGAUCACCCACCGGUCGAUUCAUGACAAUGCUGAUAUUUUUUCCGAGCCAACCAAGUUCCAGCCUGAGCGCUGGCUGGGCGAGAAGGGUAAGGCACUCGAUCGGUGGAUGGUCGCGUUCAGCAAGGGUUCCCGGCAGUGUAUUGGCAGCCCGUUAGCCUACCAGGAAGCCGCCUUGACGCUGGCACAUAUUUUUGGCCGAUUUGAGCUACAGCUGCACGACACCGACGAAUCCAACAUGAACUGGGUGGAUCAUGCAGUCGCGGUCAACAGCAAACCGGUGCAAGUCCGGGUUCUGAAGGACCGCUGGGCUACCCCCGGAAGAAAGUGCCAACCAAUUGGGUCCACCUAAUGCUCUUCAGCCCUGUGCAGUGUGCCGAAAGUCGGGUGCAUUAGAUGACACGUUGGAUCCGGGAGAAGAUGGG